AUGCAAUUCGUGCCCGCAGCUGAAGCAAUCCAUGGCCUCCUCACAACUUCAGGCCUGUCGAGAAACGACCCAUUCGCCUGGAAAAUCAUCUCCUUCGCCGCAACUUCUGCUUCCGCCGACGUCGAUUACGCCCACCGCCACUUCCGCCGCCUCCCCAGCCCGACGCUCUUCCACUACAACGCCGUCGUUAGGGGCUUUUCGAACAGCAGAAACCCAAUUAAAUGCGUACGCAUAUUUGCGGAGAUGUUGAUAAACGGUGUCGUACCGGACUAUCUCACGUACCCUUUUGUUGUGAAGGCUUCGGCCCGAAUUUCGGACCCGAAACUGGGAGCGUGUGUUCACGGGCGGGUGUUGAGAAAUGGGUUUGCUUCCGACGUUUUCAUUUCUAAUUCUUUGGUCCAUAUGUACGGCUCCACCGGUGAUGUUGGAUGCGCCAGGAAGGUGUUCGACGAAAUGCCGAUGAGGAAUUUGGUUUCUUGGAAUUCGAUGCUGGAUGGGUACGCCAUAUGCGGCGACGUGGUUUUGAUGAGGGAAGUGUUCGACGUAAUGCCGGAGAGAGAUGUCGUCUCGUGGAGCGCGUUGGUUGAUGGUUACGUCAAGGACGGGAACCACGCCGAGGCAUUGGAGGUUUUCGCGAAAAUGAAAGUUGUGGGUCCCAUGGCGAACGAAGUAACCAUGGUUAGCGCUCUAUGUGCGUGCGCGCACUUGGGUGCACUCGAUCAAGGGAGGUCAAUGCACCGAUACAUAGUCGAAAAGGGAUUGCCUUUAACCCUAAUAUUGAGAACAUCCCUCGUAGAUAUGUACGCAAAAUGCGGUGCAAUUAACGAGGCCUUGCUCGUUUUCCGUGAGGCAUCAACGAGAAAAACGGACGUGCUCAUGUGGAACGCUAUGAUUGGUGGCCUCGCCACCCAUGGAUUUACCUCUAAAGCACUAGAAGUUUUCGUUCAAAUGCAGGAUUUCAAGAUCAAACCGGAUGAGAUCACUUACUUGUGUGUGCUGAGUGCUUGCGCACAUGGAGGGCUUGUGAAGGAUGCAUGGAAACAUUUCAAAUCUAUCACAAAAAACGGGAUGCUUCCGAAAAACGAGCAUUACGCUUGCAUGGUUGAUGUUCUUGCACGCGCGGGUCAUUUAGCCGAAGCGUAUAAGUUUGUGUCAGAAAUGCCGAUGGACCCCACUCCUUCUAUGUGGGGUGCAUUGUUUAACGGAUGCAUAAAUCAUAGAAAGCUAGAUCUUGCGGAAAUAGUGGGGAAGAAGCUAAUUGAAUUGGAUCCUUUUCACGAUGGUAGAUAUAUCGGACUAUCGAAUGUUUAUGCGGUUAUAAGGAAAUGGGACGAAGCAAGAAGCACGAGAGAAAAGAUGGAGUCGAGAGGAGUGAGGAAGUUUCCGGGGCAUAGCUACGUGGAGGUUUUCGGAGAUCUUCAUAGAUUUAUUGCUCACGAUACGGCGCAUCUACAAUCACGAGAAAUUUAUUCGAUGUUGAAUGUAAUUGGCGAAGAGAUGAAGUUUAGAAUAGAUCUUGAGGAACAAGAAAUGUUAUGUACUCCAAUUGGAGUAUGAUCAUCUCAUAUAGUAUAUAUACAUUUAUUG